GUCAUAUUUGGAGUUCUCAAGGAAGUCUUUGAAAAGACAUCUUUAAGAAAUCCUUCUGACUUGGAUGUUGUCUGGGACAUGGCCACAAAGGUGACAAUGAAAUCUACCAAAGCAUCCCUGACAGAAACAAUUCAGUAUUUAUGUAGAGGCAAAAUCUUAGCCAGCGAAACGAGAGAGCUUGCUAGUGUUUCGCGAGGAAAAAUUCGACCAGGGGAAGGUGAAGAAUGGUUGAAUGAACAGAUGUAUGUACCGCCUUUACCUCCAACUAAUCUUCGAGGAUGUCAUUUAAUUAAUAUACUUUAUCAUGUUUAUUUUGUAAUAAGCCCAAAAGGUUUGGAUAAAGAGAUAAAGCUCCAAAUACCUAUUGUAUUAGCGACUUACCCACUUCGACAAGAGGGAGGUUUGAUAUCCAGUGCUCCAUCAAAAAGAGGAGCUCAUUAUCCUUCAACUUUACCAAUCUUUCGACCUUGGCUUGAUGAUAAAGCUCUCGAAGUUGAAGAAUGA